AUGGACGCUCCGCCCGGCGACGAGCGCGCGGCUUCGCCGUACUGCGGCAGGCGAUGGUCCCGCUGCGACCCCGAGAGCGGCAUCGACCGCUUGACGCUGCGGUUCGCGGACCCGCGGAAGGAGGAGGGCUUCGCGCGCACCCACAAGGUGCAGCUGUCCAAGGGCAUGGACGUCGCAAUGAUCAGCCUGAUCAUCGUGGUCCUUCUGAGUCUGGCUGUCCAUCGGUCAUGGGACGACUCCCAGCACGAGGCGCAGGAAGCUUCGAAUCUCAGCAGAUGGCAGUCUCUGAUACACUGUGUUAUUCUCGUGUGGAUGCUCCUUGCUUUCGGCUCUGGGAGACUGCUCGCCAAGCGCAAUAUUGUCAGCACCCUGGUAAUGGAGGUCAUUGUUGUGACUACAGUCGCACUCAAUAUGUUUUUGUUUUCGAUCGUUCCGAAGCACUACAUUGCGCGAGCGUUCGGCCAUGACGACACGGAGGCCAUAUGGGACGUGGAACUGGGCGCCACCGAUUGCAACCUAAUACUGGUGAUCGACCUGGCCACGACCUUUGUGCACCUCCUGAUGCCCAUUCGUUGGGUGGUCCUCGUCCCCUUGGAAGUGGCUGCUGUUCUGGCCUACAUCGCCCCAGCGCUACUCCUCGGCAGCCCGGCCAUGAACCAGGUCCCCUUUAAUGUCAUCGGCAUCCUCUCCCUCGUGGUCAUCUCGGCCAUCGGGAAGCGGGCCGUCGAGCGGCAGGAGCGCCUCAUGUUCGCUGGCCUCCUGUCGGAGAAGCAGCUACGGUUUCAGGCGGAGUUCCAGCUGUCCAACAGCGCAGCGGCCGCGGCCAGCGGGCAGGAGGUCCAGCAGCGCUGUGGCUCCGAGCGGUCUUCCGCGCUGACCCGCCCGGAGACGACGCUGAGCGCGGCGGCCUUCGAGGGCGGCGCCGAGCACUCGUCGCUGGACCAGAUCCGCGCGAUCGGGGAGGGGGAGCAGUGGCUCAUUGCCAGCGGGGAGGUGGAGCUCCUGACCGACAUGGUCCUCGGCAGCGGCGGCUUCGGUGUUGUCGUGAUGGGGCUGUACUACAACACCCUGGUGGCGGUGAAGGCACCGAGGGACAACAUCGCGCACAAGGGCGUCGGGGACUCGUCCCUGCCCGAGCUCUGCAACGAGCUGAGGAUCCUUCGGCGCAUCCGCCACCCCAACAUCGCGUUUUUGUAUGGUGCGUGCAUGGACGCCACCCUGCGCAAGCUGUGCCUGGUGCUCGAGUUCGUGGACGGCGUGAGCCUUGGCGUGUUCAUCCGCGGCCAAAGGUCCUCCGCCAGGCCGCGCCCUGCGGCCUCCCGAAGCGCGUCUGCGCGGUCCCUGCUCAUCUUCGACAUCCUGAGCGCGCUGCGAUACCUGCACUCGAGGCAGCCCGUCGUGGUCCACGGUGACCUGAAAGAGUCGAACAUCCUCGUGGAGGAGCGGCGCAGCAGGAACGGCAGGAGCUCCUACCGCGCCAAGCUCCUCGACUUCGGCCUCUCGCGGAUACUCACCCGCCGCGCCAAGCCCCUCGGCGGCACCCUGCGGUGGAUGGCGCCCGAGCUGCUCUCGCGCCAGACCAUCCCCCCUGACGCCGACGCCGACUGCUACUCGUUUGGGCUGGUGACGUACUUCAUCGUGACCAGCUGCCUGCCUUUCGAGGGCCAGCGCGCCGAGCAGGUGCUGAGGCAGCUGAGGCGCGGCCAGCCGCCCAGCCUGGCGUGGCCCGCGCUCGCCGACGAGCUCUCGCGGGCCUGCCGCUCGGUGGUGGAGCAGUGCACCCAGGCGGUGCCCGCGCUGCGCCCGCCAGCGCGGCAGGUGAGCGUCGAGCUCUCCGCGAUGCUGAGCCCGUUCGUCGGCGGAGCAAUGGCGGCGGCGGGAGAGGCCACCUGCGCUGGAAGGUCCGGCGCCGGAGGCACGAGCCCGCCUCCCAGCACCAGCGGGGGGCCCCCCCCCUCGGACGCCUCGGCCAAGAGGGCCCUGCAGCAGCUCGAGGGCGUGGUGGAGGCGCGGCAGGCCAGGGGCGCCAUGGACGGCAGCUCGCUCACGUCCGACACUAGCCCCGGGAGCCUGCCCCCCGUGAGGGAGGACGCGGUGAUGCUGUCGGGAGAGCGCGCGGGCGCGCAGGUGCAGGUGGCCUUCCAAGAGAUGCAGGUGGCCUUCCAGGAGUACAGGCCGACUCCGCUGAGCACGCAGACCCUCAGCCUGGCGCUCCUGAUGUCGCAGUGGAACGGGCCGAUGCCGAAGGGCGCCUGCUGCUGGCUGCACGGUGCCCUGCGCGCGCUGGACAGGGUGAGGGACGACGAGAUAGGCCAGGGGCCGUGCGCUCGGCAGCGGGAACCGAACAUCUGCGCCCAAUGCGGCGACUGCGGGCUGCUGGUGGUGAACGGCAGGUCGUCCUGCGACUUCUGCGUCUGCCCAGACUCCUCGGGCGUCGUGGCAGGCGCCUCUGGCUUUGAUCACGCGCUUGCUGUCUGA